AUGAAGUCAGCGCUUGGUUGCGUGUUCAGUGCCCUUGCGGCGAGUGUGUCUUCCUCCUCUCUCCAUGCUCUACGGCAAACACCACCACAACUCGACUACAACCUCCUUCCUCGGGCCGCAUGUGACAACACAAACAAAUCACGAAACUGCUGGGGAAACUACUCCAUCGAUACGAACUAUUACGAUGAAACGCCGGACACGGGAGUCACUCGCGAGUAUUGGUUGUCGGUAGAGGAAGGAGAUUGUGCGCCAGACGGCUACGCCCGCCAAUGUCAAACGAUCAAUGGGACGGUCCCGGGUCCUACCAUUUUUGCCGACUGGGGUGACAGUCUGAUCAUUCAUGUUACCAACAACCUAAAGUCCAACGGCACAGGCAUCCAUUGGCAUGGUCUUCGCCAAUCUGGUAGCAACAUCUACGAUGGUGUUCCAGGAAUCACUCAAUGCGCCAUUGCCAUCGGGCAGUCCAUGACUUACAGGUUCAAGGUUAGCCAGUACGGGUCAACCUGGUACCACAGUCACUUCAGUCUACAGUACGCGAACGGUGUUUUUGGUGGCAUGAUCUUCAACGGACCCGCGACUGCCAAUUACGACGAGGACCUGGGCCAUCUCUUUCUCUCCGACUGGUCCCAUGUUGAUGUAUUUACUCGGUGGUUUGCCGCCCGGAAUGGUCAGCCUCCAGCCCUGGAAAGUGGUCUCAUCAACGGAACCAACAAAUUCGACUGCAGUAACUCAUCAACGGACCCGAAUUGUACCGGACGUGGAGUCAAGUUGACAACUGUGGUUGAGAAGGGCAAGAAGUACCGUCUUCGUUUGGUCAAUGCGGCUGUCGAUGGUGUUUUCCAGUUCAGCAUUGACAAGCACAAGUUGAAGGUUAUCGCUGCUGAUCUUGUUCCCAUCAAGCCCUACAGCACCUCCAGCUUGAAACUCACAGAGGGCCAGCGGUACGAUAUCAUCUUCCAUGCCAACCAGGCAGUGGACAACUACUGGGUACGUGCUGGGUGGUUGAACGCUUGCCAGCCCAAUGUAAACCCCGACAGCAUCACCUCGGUCCUUCGAUAUAAUGCCAGCAGCACGUUGGACCCGACCUCGGUCAGUGAUGUCACCGUCAGCAGCGAUUGCCUUGACGAACCUCUGGCAUCGCUUGUCCCUCAUCUCAAGAUGGAUGUCACCAAUAUCCAAAAGAGCUUUGACACGUACUUGAAUAUUUCAACGACAAAUUACGUUCACUGGACCAUCAACACAAGUAGUUUGCUCAUCGACUGGAACAAUCCGACCUUGAAACAAGUGUUUAACGGCGAGAGCCUGUUUCCGACCGACUACAACGUUCUCGCCAUCAAUAAAACCACCACCGACAAUGAAUGGAUCGUCCUCGUCAUCCAAGACCAAUCCAACCUCGGUCUCGAACACCCCAUCCACCUACACGGCCACGACUUUUGGAUCCUCGACCAAUCCACCGGCACCUUUGACGCCGCCACCUCUCCGCAGAGCUUCAAGACCAAGAACCCCCCGCGUCGCGACGUCGCCGCCCUCCCCGGCAACGGCUACCUCGCCAUCGCCUUCAUGCCCGACAACCCCGGCGCGUGGCUCUGUCACUGCCACAUUGCCUGGCACGCCAGCGAAGGGCUGAGCCUAGAGUUCCUCGAGCGCGAGGCGGACAUCCAGGCGGACGUGAGCGAUUCCGAUCGGACGCAGUUCAAUGACAUUUGUCAGACUUGGUCGGAUAACGUGGGCACGCAGGCUUUCCCGCAGGAGGAUUCGGGGAUUUGA